AUGUGCAAUGCUAUUGACUCUACUGCUCAAGGGCGAUUUCGGCUGAAGGUCUCCCCCAAAAGCUCCAGGCUCCGAUCCAGUCAGCUCGCCAGCUCCUGGGGCAGCAAUCUGCGGGUGUCGCCCUGUGCUCUGGCCAUCUCCACUACUGCCAACGCCUGCCUGUCGCAUGUGGACGCGUGGGGGGCGCCGGUGCCGCUCGGGGAUGCGGCCGUCGCCAUCGCCGCGAGAUUCUUGCUGGGGAUCCUGGCCGUGCUCGCGGUCCAGGCGACGGUGUGCACGUGCUUGGUGUCUGUGCGCGUGGUCUUGUGGGGGUUCGCCAAGUCGGAGGUGAGGCCGAACCACAAGGAGGAUAUCGACACCCUGAACGUGGCGGACUUCAAACAGGCGGGACACCGAGGCGGCUUGCCACCUGGCUUCGGCGUUGCGAGAGGUCAGCCCAUGCACCGCUUCACGGAAAGGCCGAAGGGCGCCGCGCUCCAGUCGUGGAUCGACGAGGCGGGCGUCAUGGCGGAGGCGGCUCGGGCGGAGCGGAGGUUGGCGGUGGCUGGCGACGAGCCGGAGCCAGCAGCGGGCCGACUUGUGCUGUGCGGUCGGCGCGGUGACGUCUACUCGCUGCUUGACUCCCUGGCGACGCCGUCGGAGGUGUUCAUCGGGAUCGGCAAGCACGGCCUGCGCGAUCAGGGCCGACGCGGCAUCUUGGCGGGCAUGUUACGGUUGUCGUUGGGCGAGACCUCGAGCCAGGCGCUGAAGGGCUUCGGCUGGGACGCGCUGGCCCCGGCCCUGGCGGCCGACGAGGGGGGCCCCGACGCCUCCGCCGCUGGCCGCAGGUUCUGCAAUUUGAGGAGCUUGGCGGACAGUGCUGACAUGUGUGAGCUCGUGGGCUGGAUGCUGCCGGGGCCGCGCACCACGCCGCACGUUGUCUCGGGGGCCGCGAAGCAGAGCGGUGGGCCAGUCCAGAGGCACAGCAUUUGGAAGCAGGAGAACAAGCUGAACGAAGAUGAGCACAGCGCGGUGGCGCAGGAGAUGUUGCCGGAGAUCCUGGAGCUGGCCGGCACCUACGACCAAGUUGGCGUCUCCAACCUAGCGAGCAUGGAGGCGCUGGCGAGCCACAUGCAGUUCAUCGAACACAAGAUCAAGAAGAAGAAGAAGGAUACGGUGGGGGACUUCGAUUCACAGGACUGCUACCUCAGCCACACUCGCCGCACGGGAGGCGCGAACGCGAGCCCUGAGCUGUUGAAGUGGGCGUCGGAGUCGGCGGCGAGGGUCUCGGCCAUUCUGAAGGAGGACCGGAAGGCGGCGGAGGUUUCGCAGCCCGAUUCGGCGGGCUGCGUCAGCUCGCUGGUGGCGUUGCCGGAGCCCGACUGCCAGGAGGUGGUCAACAGCGAACGUCCGCUUUUGCUUCGCGCCGAUGAGGGCCGCCCAGGCGGCGCCGAGGUGCACUGGGAUAAGACGUCGAAGUCUAACAGAAACGAGCGCGUGCUCUUCGCGCUGGACCUCCCGUUUGGAGGCAUGGUGGAGCUGCGCAUUCGUCGCGCUCGCUGCGAGGUCGAGGACGGCGCCCAGCUUGGGUUCUCGAUCCAGGACGUCGCGGACUGCUUCCACCAGUUCAAGGCGCCGGAGCACAUGGCGCCGCGGUCUGGCGCGCCCCGCUCAGGGCCCGCGAGGUGGACGCAGCAGGCUCAUCGCGAGUUCCCUCGACGCGGGGGCCUCGGGGGCAUCGAGAGCGAACUGGCGGAUCGCCAGGCGGCCAAGGCGACGACCGAGGCAGGCCUGAAGCUGCACGAGGUGGAGGAGAGCAAGUCAGCGGUGGAGGCGCUGGGCCUGGAGCUGGACGGCACCAGGCUGAGGGCGCGGCCGGCGCGUGCCAAGCGCUGGCGGAUUGCGCCCGGCACGCAGGCGACGCUGCGGCGGAGGCGCGUGGCCGGCAGGGGAGUCGAGAAGAUGAUUGACCAGAUCACGCAACCUCUGCUGUCGGGCAUUGCAGCGCUGAUCAACGCGGUGGGCAAUGUCUUUGCGGUGAAGCGAAAAAUCACGCACGCCUUGCUCCUGAACCGCCCGGCCACGCGCGUCUUCAGGGUUGCCUGCGACUUCGCCAGGCAGGAGCUCGCCAACGCUCUCCACUUGCUGCCGCUGCUCUCGGCGCAGUUCGACGCGCCGCGGUCCGAGCGGGCCGCCUGCUCGGGCGCCGCGCUCCGAGGCUACGCGGCGCAGGAGGCCGACGUGGAGCCCGGCGCGGCGGGGGAGGCAGGUCGCCGGAGUGAGUGGCGGCGCUUCCGCGUCGAGUCGGCAGGGCGCCCGCGCGAGACGGCGCUGGCGGAGCUCCCGAGGGGUGGGCCAGAGGCGGCGGCCGCUGCCGAGGCCUGCGCCGGCCCCUUCGGUCAGAGCGGCGGCGGGGCCGGCGCCCUCGACCGAACGGCGGCUUCCUUCAUCGACAAGGUCGCGACAGGCGGGCUGACCACGUUGGACAUUGAGCGCAUCACGCUGAAGACGAGGCAGGACUACGAGAGGAGGCUGCCGCGGUUCGACGACUUUUGCUGGACCCACGGGCUCGAGACGGGGAACGACGCCGAGUUGGAGGAGGCGGUGGUGGAGCACAUGGACCUGGCCGCUGGAGGCCAGAGCUUCAGUGACGAGGGCGCGGGCGCCGUGGGCGGCAGCGGCCGCUAUCGCCAUGGCGCUGCGAGAAAAGGCCCCCGGGCGAUGCGCCGCCUGGCCUCGCUGGGCCGCGGCGCGCAGGUGCCACUGGCCGUGGCCGACCAACUGCUCGAGGGGGCGCUGAAGGGCGGGCGCGCAGGCAGAUUCGUUCGCGUGCUCCAGGGCGCGGGCCUCGGGCGAGAUCGCCUAGGGAAGCUGAUGCGAGGCACGUGCCGUGGUAAGAGGCACCCCGGCGGCUGCGAGCAGCUCCGGCGCAGAAGCCAGGGCAAGGCCUUGCACAAAACGAUGCACGUAGGUGGAGUGGCGUCCGCGAGCACGACGUGGCUCAAGUGCGAGCUGCGGGCCGACAGGCCUCAGGACGCCGCGGGGCCGCCGCGCCCGCCGGGCGAGAAUGCCAGCCGCCCCGUGGCGGCCAGCGCCGUGGAGUUCCCCGCGCCGCCGGAGAUCCCGCCCUGGCGCUGCUGCGCAUAUUCCUACGCGGGCGCGACUCGGUGCCAGGAGGCGCGGCAGCUGUGCGGCCCGGGCCAACGCUUGGCCAUGCCGAAGACGCCCCGCGAGAAAGCGCUGCUGCAGAGCGCGGUCUCCCAGGCGGUCGAGGCAGGGUUGCUGUCCACCAGGUGGCCGUCCAACACAAUCUGGCUCGGCGGCCACUGGCGCGAGGGGGACGCCGCCCAAUGGGAAUGGGACGACGGCGCAGUGAUAGACACUUCGAAGUGGACGCCCGAGCAGCUCAGCGCCAAGGGAAAUCAAGGCCACGAACCAUGUCUGGCGCAAGAUCUCUUCGGGGUGGCCCAGGACUCAGAGCCUGACUACACUUUCGGCGUCAUGUGCGAGGAGGCCAGCGAUGAGGUUGUGGCCGUACAGGUGUGCGCGACGGACGCGCCGAGCUGGGUGUGGGCUGGCGUCGUGGCCGCGGCUCUCUGCGCGGUUGCCAUCAGCAUGCGCGUGUCGGGGGUCCCUUGGGCACGAGCAGCAGCACGAGGAAGAGCGGGCGGGCGGCCCGCGGGCUUUGGCGGAGCGGGGGGCGGACGUGUUCCCGCCCCCCCCCCCGCGCUCCAGGCGCGCUGCCAGCGCCAGUGUUCGGGUCGCCGUUGGUGUUGCUGUUGUCUGGCCUUUUGGUGCCACUGUGGGUCUUUUCCUCAGGCUGCACUUGUCCUUCCAGGCCCAGGCCUAGCUCAUAUUCCGUCUGCCCUGGUGGGUGAGCCUCCGUCAUGGCGCGCUUCUGUUUCGCGCUCCGUGUGGGCAAGGAGGUCUUGA